CAAAUCGGCCUUUUGCGCAAUUCCACCAUCUUCGCCGUGCGCAGGACUGCUGAUAAGACCCAAAAUCUGACUCCCGCGCCUUCUCAACUUUGUAAUCGCGCCCUGCUCGGCCUAGUCGACUUUUGCCCCUCGGCCAGUCAUAAAGUCGUGAAAUCGUCGGCGCUACCACAUCCCACACUCAACCCCACCUAUCGCCUAUUAUUUCUACUCCUCCCUCCGAGUGCAACCACACCGUCAAGCCCACAAACACUCGCAAAGAUGGCGUCGCAAGUUCCGUCCCAGGCUAACAUCCAGUCUACGCAUCCCUUUACUUGCAACACAUGUCAGGUCGCCUUCCGAUCGAGCGAGUUGCAGCGGGCGCACAUGCAGACCGACUGGCAUCGCUACAACCUCAAGCGUCGCGUAGCCUCGCUCCCACCGCUAUCCUCCGAGAUCUUCACCGAGAAGGUUCUUGCGAACAAGGCCACCGCUGCCGCCUCAGCCGCCAAGGCGUCGUUUGAGAAACUGUGCACCCCAUGCCAGAAGACAUACUUCAGCGAGAAUGCCUACAACAACCAUCUCAACAGCUCCAAGCACCGCAUCAACAUGGCCAAGUCAGGCAGAGGCGCCCAGCUAGACGACGCGGCCUCCGUUACGGGUUCUAUGGUCAGCUCCGCCUUUUCGCUGGGCGAGUCCAUGGCCGAGUCGGAAGCCACCACUGUCAACGGGGACAAGGAGGUUGCGGAUGUUGCUGAAGGUCUGCAAAACGCGAGCCUCGAGGGCGAGGACGCUGCUGAGAACGAGUCCGCCGCGGCCGAAGAUGACAAGAGCUCUGUCGCCGCAUCGACAAAGCCUGCCACCGAUCCCCUCCUCGACUGCCUGUUCUGCAACUACAAGUCGCCCAGCUUCCAGCUUAACAUUACUCACAUGGGACGAUACCAUGGAAUGUUCAUACCCGAGAAGGAAUUCCUCGCUCAACCCGAGGAGCUUAUCAAGCAUCUCCACGAGAAGGUCCACGCCUACCACGAGUGCCUGAAAUGCCACAAGAUCCUACACACUGCCUCCGGCAUUCAAACGCACAUGCGCGAUCGCGGCCACUGCAUGAUUGCUUUCGACACGGAUAUCGAGCUGGUCGAGAUUGGCGAGUUCUACGACUUCCGGAGCUCUUACCCCGAUGCUGCCGACUUCGACGAGAUGGCAGAGGAGGCUGAAGAUUCAGACGAUUCGUCAUCUACAACAGGAGGCGGAAUCAAGCUCGGUGCCAGGCGCGAGACCAAGACUACUACAGAAGAUGAUGCAGCCAUGUCGAGCAACGCCGAGGAAGACGCAGGCUGGGAGACUGACAGCACUGUCUCGAGCGUACCGACUGAUGAGAUCACAGCCGUACCCAUCGAUCGCAGCCACCGCCACAAGUCACUCAACAAGUCGAAGCACCACAACCAUGCCGAUCCCCGCCCACACCGCGCUGCAGACGGCUUCCACUCCCACGCGCAUCACACUCCCCAAGCUGUCUACCACGACGAAUACGAGCUCCAUCUCCCAUCAGGCCGCACCGCUGGUCACCGCUCCCUGAACAAGUACUACCGCCAAAACCUGCGCAACUACCCCGGCGUCGCCGAGCGCAUGGAGGAAGCACAACGCGCCCGCAUACCCGGUGCAAUCACCGCCGGAGACGAAGACGAAGAGGACGAGGACGGCGAUGUUACCAUGGACGGCGAAGAAGGCGAGGAGGGCAGCCAGCUCCAAGUCCGCGGACGAGGCCAUGAUAAGGACCGCCAGCUCCUCUCCCGCGCCAACGGUGGCAGAGGCAUGGUCGGUGUCACUGACGCCAAGAAGAAGGAGAUCCAAGCUGUCGAGAAGCGCGAUAGGAGGAAGGAGCAAGCUGCUCGCAGCCGCUACCAGGCUAAUGUUGAGAAGGCGCAGAACUCCCAGAAGCACUUCCGCGAUCCCCUCCUACAGUAGUCGUUUCUCCAAUGGAAAGUUUGGGUCAAGGUGGAUUGCGUUCCUCUGGGUUCUUUUCUUUUCUUUUACUUGCGUGUCUUUUUUAACGAACUUUUAUGAGCAUGGAUGGGCGUUUGCGUGGAGACAAAAGGCAUGAACUAGAAUGUCGCGGACGAGGGCUUCGGACUCUGUGGUAUACCUUGGAAUAUGAAUUACAUGACAAAACAGACCCAUCUGUCCACAUUUCUCGUGAUUUCAUCGUGUCAGGAUUAUUCCUUGCAUUUGCUGCAGGCAUUGAUACAGAUACAACGACUUCAUAUAUAUGACAUUA